AUGGCAGUGUCACGUGUGAGGGAGUAUAUCUCCCAUCCCUAUGAGCAUCCAGGAGAGAGAAAGCUGGUACAGAAACUAGACUUUUUUAUUUUAACAUUUUGCUGUUUGUCUUAUUUCACGAAUUAUUUAGAUCGAUCGAACUUGGCGAAUGCGUAUGUUAGUGGAAUGAAGGAAGAGUUGGGGUUCGUGGGUAAUCAAUAUAAUCUUAUUAAUACCGUUUUUACUGUUGGAUACAUCAUUGGACAAAUUCCUAGUAAUCUGGCACUCUAUUACAUCAAACCUCGCAUCUUCUUCCCAUCAAUGAUGGUUCUAUGGGGCUGCCUCACUAUGAUCACUGCGUCUGUUCAUCAUCCUCGCGAUAUCAUGGCUAUUCGUUUCUUCCAAGGUCUUGCCGAAAGCAGCACAUUCGUCGGUACACAUUACAUUCUCGGAUCAUGGUAUACUCCUCGAGAGCUCGGAAAGCGCAGUGGCAUCUUUACUUCAUCUGGUCUUGCUGGUACUAUGUUUGGAGGCUUCAUCCAGACUGGCAUUCAUUCAUCCUUGAAUGGCGCAAAAGGAAUGAGUGGCUGGCGCUGGCUGUUCAUUAUUGACGGACUUAUCACUCUCCCGAUUGCCCUUUAUGGCUUUCUUCUUUUCCCAGAUACUCCGAGCACAACAUCUGCAUUUUAUCUCACCCCAAUCGAGCGUGAUCUCGCUAAAACCCGUGUUCCAGAAGUACCCGAACAUCGUCUCUGGAAUUUUGCAUUCCUCAAAACUGUCGUCACUUCAUGGUACUGGUAUGGAUUCGUUAUUCUGUGGAUUAUCGCUGGAGAAAGCGAAUCUUUCUCUUCAAAUUCAUUACUUUCAUUAUACAUGAAAUCCACAAGCAAAUAUACGAUUUCUCAACUCAACAACUAUCCUACUGGUGUCCCCGCUGUUGGUAUCAUAUUUACCCUCUUCUGGGCAACUCUUACAGAUUUUCUCAACGGCAAACGAUACCUUGUCGCUUAUUUCAUUGCCAUUACCGGAAUCGUAACUUCCGCUAUGAUACUCACAACUUCUAAUGUAGCAACAAUAUUUGCAGCAUACUAUUGGGCAGGUUCUGUCUACGCAUGUCAAGCGACCUUCUUCGCAUGGGCUAAUGAAGCUAUGAGAUUUGAAAACGACGCAUUGAGAGCGAUAGUGAUAGCGAGUAUGAAUUGUGGCAGUAAUGCUGUGAAUGCAUGGUGGAGUUUACUAUUUUACGGUGCAGUGGAAGCGCCUAGAUUCACAAAGGGAAUGUGGGCGAUGAUUGGAACGUGUAUUGCUCUUGCAAUUUGGACCACGGUUUUGUUAUGGGGUCUAAAGCGGAUAGACAGGAAAAGAGAGGCUACUGCUAUGGUGGGAAGAACUCGGACAGAAAGCGAUGAUUUAGAGGUGGCUGAUAUUGGCGAAAGGCAUUUGGAUAGUAAGAUAUUUUAA